CCUCAACUGCGGGCUGCUCUGGCGGAAAGCCGCCUGUUUGGGGCGCAGGGCCGGGGAAGAGGCCGAAGCAGUCCGCCCGGGUGAGGCAUGCCCGAGAGCCCCGUCUGCAGCGCUCCAACCGGGAAGGGGACACCAUUGGGCUGUGCAGGGGGGAGGGGACUCUGUAUAGACGGGUUGCACCUUUUCCUUCCCCUUUAGGGACUGAUAAACAGCUGGCUGUACAGCCGUGACAGCCCAGGGCGCCGAAGGGCUUGUUAGCCUCCCAGCCUUCAGGUCCCUGGCUGCCCCCGCCGCCGCCGUAGUUUUCUUUUCUUUGCAAACCGAGCAGCCUGACAGGGCGCAGAAGGAAGAAUUCCCCGCGGCCGUUCCUGGAUUAGCCCCAGUCUCCGUCAGUCACAGCUCGAGCGGCUGAGGCGCCGCUCGCCUCCCUCCCUUUCGUAACAACCGAAAGUAAAAGAGGCCGGGGCGGGCUGCGGGGGGGACGUGAUUUGCUGUCAUUGGUCGCAGCUCUCUCCACCGGUGCUGUCUCUGCGGCCACGUUCCCAGGCUUGUCCUCAAAAGAACUUUUCUGAUGUAGCUAAUCUGCUUCUGAUUUGAGUGAUGUCCCAGUAGGCACCAUGCUGGUGAUGGCAUGGCCACCAUGGAACUCUGUUGGAGCAUGGCACUGGCUAGGGACUCAGAAAACACACCUGAGAAGUAUUUGUCUCUACUGCCAGCAGUAUCUUAUUCUGAAGAGACAUUUUCUCAGCUUUUUAAAUAAUGCAACUGGAAUAACCAUCUUCAUUCUUUGCUGCAUCAGUGCAUAUCUACCAAGAAUAGAAGCUGAAAGAAGAAGGUGGGAGGCGGUUAUAGAAGAUUUGCAUAUGAUUAAAGGCAUAACUGAUACCAUUGAUGCCUGUUUAUACACUGCAUAUAUAGACAAGCCAGAUGAGUGUGAAGUACAAGUGAUGGAAUGCUUUUUGUUAGAGUUGAAAGUGAUUUCCCAGGAAUGUGAAAUCAGAAAAGGAUGUAAAAUCAAACAGUAUAUACGCAACGUGCUGGCAAAUGUAAAAGCAAAUUUACCAAAGAACACGAGUUUACCAAACAGUCCGAACAGGAAUAAAAUAACAUGCAAACAAUGUGAAGAGUACGAAGAAGGGAAUUUUACCUACUUUAUAGAGACUUUUGAAGAGUUUGCAAAACACAAGCUGAAAUUUUUACUGCACGUUUCUAAAUAGGCUUCCUUUUUGAAAGUGCUUUAGGGAAACUCCAUCAACUUUUCUGGCACUUCAAGCAAUAUAAUCACUGGAUGGACGGACAGACAGACUGGUUGGCUAGAACUUUGUAAGACAGAAAGGCAGAAAAAACCAAACACAGCCAAGAAUAAUCUGAACUAUGAACUGUGCCACAGACUAUUUUAUCUUUUUAUUUUUAAUUUACUACUUCCUCUGGGAAGCUAUUAAAAUGUAAACUUAUGUGUAUUUUAUAAACAUUUUAGAUAAAUAUUUGCUCUUUGCAUGUCUCAGUAAUUGACUACUACUUAGAAAACAUAGUAACUUGUACCGCAAAUAUUUUAUUUUCCAGGAAAGCUAAACUGGUGUAACUGAGAAUAUAUAAAGAAAAGGAGUACUUGUGGCUACAGCUCACGAAAGCUCAUGCUCAAAUAAAUUGGUUAGUCUCUAAGGUGCCACAAGUCCUCCUUUUCCUUUUGCGAAGACAGACUAACACGGCUGCUACUCUGAAACCUGAGAAUAUAUAUAUUCUCAUUUUAUAUAUAUAAAAAUCACUAACCAGUAUGUGUUUGGAGUCCUCCUCUGUGCCCAAUCCCCACAGGAUCAGAGUCUGUCACAGUCCCCAAUUACAGAACCUGGCUUUUUAGCUCAGGCUGUACAGUCUCAUGCUUUAAUCUCUGGAGAGCCCUAUUUCAGUUCCCUGCUGAGACCCAGAUAGCAAUCACCACAUGUGUAAAGUCAUGGGAAACAGAGGCGCACAUAGCUCUGACCGUAAUAAACAGGGUUCUGAUCCUGCAAGUUGCCCCCUGUGGACAGACCCCUGUGGCCAAGUAAUACCCCACUGAUUUCAGUGGGGCUCUACACAGUUGCAGCACUCUGCUUUCAUAGGACAGCUCACAAAAUCAGGGCCUACAUGCGUGGAAACCAGAGUCUGGAUUAUCAGAAAAAUGCUGGACUGAAAGAGGCAGUUGUAAAUUGAAACUGUCUGAAUCUGUCUGCUUUUUAUAACUUUCACUGAUGGAGUGAAUAAAAUGGAUUCUCACGAUGAUGCAGUACAGUGAAAAUGCAGUGAUGGUAAAACAUUUGAGUAAUUGUUCUAACAGGAAACAGUCAUCCCCAUCAAGGAAUAGAAUGAAAAGAUGAAGGGGAUUGAAGUUACCAAAAGCUGAUACUUAAUAUCACAAGCAUCUACCCGAGUCAAAUUUUAAGGCACUAGUAAGAGACUGGCAAUAGACUGCCAAGCUAGUUGUGAUUUCCUGCUCUCUCUUUUCUGGCUUUAUUGAGUUUGAAGUGCAAUGACAUUCUGGACCAAAUUCUGUUUGCCUUACCCAACUAAUCCCAUUGAUUUAAAUGAGAUGAAUGUGUGAGUAAAGCCAGCAGGAUUCAGGUCUAUAUGUGCGCAGGCCAAAAAGUAAAUUUUUUCCAUUGUGCUAUUUAUAUGUAGUGUGGGAAGAUGUAACUAGAAAUUAACUGUAUAGCUCAAGAAAUUAGUCGUGGCAUAUAGAGUUUUCCACCUGUAGGAGCCUGAUUCUCUUUUGCAUGCCCACCAAAAAUUCCAAUUCAUCAGUCCCUGGUUAGCAAUUAGAAUCUGGCCAGGAGGUUGGAAAUAUGUGAAAGCUAUUACCAUCUGAUGACUGUGCAGUGGUCUAUAUGAAAUGAAUUGGUGAUUUUUCUCAGUCUAGUUCCUACUGAACAGAUGUCUAUCAUAAAAAUCCCUAUAAAAAUUGGCACUGUUUUGUCAGUCUUAACAGAAGGAUUGAUCACAGAAUCUGUGCAUUUCUAACAGGAGGGAUGGCUACAGCAGGUUAGGAAGCCAUUCUGGAAGUUACCUCAUGGGAGUGGAAAGCCUGAGUAGUAGCAGAAAGGACAUAGGCGUGGCUCAGUAUUUGUCAAAUUCGAAGAUACUGCCAAUUCUCUAAGAAACCCAUCCAAUUUCUGAUGCAGCCAGUGCAAGUCUCCCCAUUGAUUUUAAUAGGAGUUUGAUCAGGCCCUUAGAGUUUAAAAAUCAGCUAGACAAAUUCAGACUAGAAAUAAGAUGUGACUUUUUAACAGUGAGGGUAGUUAACCAUUGAACAACUUACCAAAGGUUGUGACGGCGUCUCCGUGAGUAGAAAUCUUGAAAUUAAGAUACGCUCUAGUUCAAGCACAGCUUGAAUUCAUGGUUAUCCUAAGGCUUGUGCUCGUCAGGAGGUCAGACUACAUGAUCACAAUGGUCUCUUCUGGCCUUAAAGUAUAAGAAAGUCACAUGAGAAAUGGAUUAUAUGUGAGUCAAAUAUAUUUUUAGUGUAAUAUUGUUAAUUCACCAAGUCCUGUUUCCCUGAACAAGAAACAAACUACAGCAAGCAGUUUCCUUACUCAAGUCUGCCACUCCAGUGAGCUCAAUACCCAAGAAGCCCUGUCUCUAGCCUCUGGGGGUCACGCUGACCACUCCUUCUCCAGGCUCCCUCUCCCGCCGAAGACACAGGCUACAACUGAAUCUCCACCCUCUGCAUUUGCAACCAGGGAAAUCCCCCAGUCCACAUGGCUUAGCUCUGACCUACCACAUGGUCUAGUUCCUUUGGCAGUAGCACCCCCAGCUCCCGCAGCUGUUUUUAUGACAUAAAGAGACUUAACUGUGCCUUCCCUUGAGCUUGAAAAAGAAUACUUGGCACAGCCAUUGGCUUAACAAGGUUUGUGAUUGGCUUUGGAUCCAAGACCAUCCUCUACUCCCGAUGGCAGCCAUUAACAUCUUUCAGCAGAACCAGAGAUUAGGUGGCUCUGAGUUUCCACUUUACGCCAGGUCGAUACAAACGUUACUAUGUUUGUUUAAAACUGGUGAGACUGAAUGGAGAAUUAAGCCCACUAUUUUCUCCAGUGCCAACAUUUAGAUGCUAUAUUAUUCUGUAUGGGAUUGUGAAUCUUCUGUCAAAUAAACAUAUACAUAAUGUUUGGGGUGGAAAUUAUUUGUUGUGCAAUAGAUCAGCCUACAGCACAAAUGUAUUUUUAUUUCAUAAUAUGCUUGUUCUAUCUUCACAGAAGUGUAUGCUAUUGUUUUGUUUGCUUUGCCCAGAUGGCAAAUGUGCCAUUAAGUUUAUCUGGCCUAAAUUCAUUCUAUUUUUAUAGUAACAAAAAUCCUCUUUUGACAAGGAAGAUGUACACCGUAUUUAUGAAUAAAUAUAGACAGCCUUUAUAGACAAUGGAUAUAUUAACAUUACACUGUGUGAACAACUCAUGUUGGAGAAAAUGAAAUGUUUUCAAUCUAAUAUGUGGUCUCCAUGUCCCAGGAUUUAUUAAAUGGUGAUAACCAUAGUCAUGGUAGGAAAAAUUAGAUUAAAACAGGGAAAGAAAUCAAUGUAUAUCUUCUAGCAUGGAACCUAAUACAAUCAAAUUUUUCCCAUGGUCCUGGAAAAUGCAUAAUAUGUUGCUAAAGAAAAAUGGAAUUUACCAUAAUUGAUACUCCUGGAUUCUUGUGCAGUAUUUAUAAAUUAAGAUAACUAAUUCCAGUCAUGAAGCAAAUACUUAAUGUCUUUUGCUAUAGAUUAUACAGUGCACAAUCCUACUGGCACAUAAUUUGUGUGAACAGUAUUCCUGAGUAAAGUCCAAAUGUUAUCAUCUUGUCAGCGCAAGCAGUGUCAUAAGUUUCCAUUUUCCACUGGUGCUAUGGGGACACUUGAAUUUACAUCAGCAUUUAUAAACCAUUUGUUGUAGCAAAAAACACCAGCCACUGCGUUAGAGACCAUGGACUGAUUGCUGUGUAUCCAGCUCAUGAGAAAUAAAAGGUUUUGUUUGA